AUGCCCGGCCCCAAGUUGUGCGGCCUAGCCCCCCGCAGGCACAGACGCCGCCAGUCCGCGAACCCAAAGACGUGUGGCAGCCCAAGUCCUGCCCCAAGUCCAACACCGCCGACUGUAUCGAGAUUUUUAAACCUACCCGUCGACAUUAUCGUCUACCUCGCCAGAGAUCACUUGUCACCAACCGAAACCGCCGCCUUGUCGUUGGCGUGCAAGCCGAUGUUCAACCUCCUCUUUCCAACAGCAAAACAAGCUCUCAUAAAGAAGGGGCCGUCGGCACGGGCGGCCCUGCUCGAGUUCGUGGAGAAGGAGAUCGGGAAUGAAUGGUGGUACUGCUCAGACUGCAAGAUCCUGCAUCCCAUCUAUACUAUGGUCGGGCCGACCAUUCGUAAUUACUACGACCCGUUUCCGUUGCCCCCCGUAAGGCGUCUCCCCCACCGCCACCACUCCUGUUAUCUCAACCGCCGUCACCUCUACGGAAGCGUCGUCGUCGUCGAGUACCCGGCCGUCCGUCUAGUCAUGAACCGUCAUCUCUACGGCCCGCCCAUCGGCCUCCCCCUAGAAAUCUUCAACGUCCAACCGACCACCACCACGAUGGCACACAAAGAGAGACCGGCCCCGCUGCCGUGGGAAGAACGAUGGUCUGCCCGGAUCCGCCAGAACGAGCUUCUGCUAUGCGUCAACCGAACGCUGAACGCCGUUGGAUGGACGGACGACGCCUUGCGUGCUGCCAUCAAAGUCGAAGGGCGGGAGCUCUGCGGGCACAUCUUCACGGCAGGGUCGACAUCUGCCGUCAUCCAUUUCGCCAUCCCGCCCUCAGCAGCAUCAAAACCAGUACCCCCGGGCCCACCCCCAUCUCCCACUUCAUCAUCACCACUAUCGCCCGCAUCUCGACCAUUCAUACCCCGUGACAGCAUUAUGGACUCAUGCAAGUUCUGUUGUACGGAUCACGUGAUAAACAUCGAACAGAGGCGGGAUCACCCUAGUCGAGGGGGGAAGAAGAAGAAGAAGAAGGUUGAAUCCGGUGACGAUGCAAUCGAGCCAGAACCUUAUUGGCACAUCUCCAUCACAUCGUAUCAUAGGCUCGGUCGUGGCCGCUCGCAUGACGACCCGGUCUGGGCGGCGUUUGUGUCGUGUCAGGGAUCGUGCCGACACUACGUCCGAACCAAGUUGAGAUGUCCCUCGGGUGGGGUCAAGGCGAUGUGGGAGUCUGAAGAAUAG